AUGCGUUUCCUAAUAAGUAGCCUGCUGUCAGGCCUGGCACUGCUGACAUCUCUUCAUGCGUUUGUCCUGGCACUACCACGAGAGUACAGUAUUUCGAUGUCAAACCCAUUUCACGAAUCUCUUUUCUCCUGUCCUGCAGCUUCAUGGCCAAGGGUCAAACUUGGAAGUGAGAAUACACCCCAGGAGCCUUCAAAGGACCUCAGAAAAAUCCUGUCUCAGAUUUCGCCCAAGAGAAUAGAAACUACUAUCAGAAAAUUGGUUUCAUUCGGCACCCGCCACACUCUCUCUACACAAACCAACGCAACGUACGGCAUUGGGGCAGCAAGAGAGUGGAUCGAGUCGGAAUUCCAACGAUAUGCGAAUGCGAGCGAUGGCCGCUUGACCGUCAAAGUAGUGGGAUAUGACCAGCAGGCGGAUGGUAACCGUAUACCUUUCCCUGUUCGGAUCAGUGACGUGGUCGCUACGCUGAAGGGAGAGGGAGACCCGGAGAGAGUCUACGUUGUUUCGGGUCACUAUGACUCUAGAAACAGUGAUCCGCUCGAUUAUAAGGGUAUUGCUCCAGGAGCAAACGACGAUGCAUCCGGCGUUGCUGUCUCUCUCGAGCUUGCGCGUGUGAUGUCACAGCGAGACCUUCCUCGUCCAAAGGCAACGAUAGUCUUUGCUGCAGUCGCAGGCGAGGAACAAGGCCUCUACGGAGCUAAUUUCCUAGCUCAGUCAUUCCGCAAUAGUUCCACCAAUGUUGAAGGAAUGUUUACAAACGAUAUCAUCGGCUCAUCAACAGCUGAUGACGGCACCAAAGAACCGCACGUUAUCCGUCUCUUUGCCCAGGGAAUACCACCUCUGAAUGUUGAAAAUCAGGCAAUGCGAGAGAGGCGCAUUAUGAUUGGAGGCGAUAAUGAUACUCCUGCUCGUCAAUUGGCACGCUUCGUCAAAGAGACUGCAGAAAACAAACAUACGGACAUGGAAGUCUCGGUCAUCUACAGGCUAGACAGAUACCUACGCGGUGGUGACCACCGUCCAUUCCUAGAGGCUGGAUACCCAGCGGCACGUUUCACAGAGCCAAACGGGAACUAUGCGCAUCAACAUCAGGAUAUUCGGAUUGACAAGGAUCCUAAAACUGGCAAAGACAUUCAGUAUGGAGAUUUGCCUGAGUUCUGCGACUUUGAUUUUAUUUCACGAGUCGGUAAAGUCAACGCGGCCGCCCUUUGGAACCUGGCAAUGUCACCGGGUAUGCCACGGAACGUGCGUGUCAAUACCACAGCGCUUUCAAAUGACAGUAAAUUCAGCUGGGAUCCUCCGGCAGGCGGUAAUGCCCUGGUUGGGGGAUAUGAAAUUGUUUGGCGUAGCACCACUGCUCCGUUCUGGACUCAUAAGAUGGACGUAGGAAUGGUUCAGGAGGCAACGAUAGAUCUUAGCAAGGACAAUGUCGUUUUCGGCAUCAGGGCCCGCGGCAAGAAUGGUGAGAGAGGUGUCGCUGUUCUCCCUUUCCCUUAG